GCGAGCCUGGAGUGCUCACUCGUUCCGUGCCGCUCUCCCUGUGUCACACUCGGACUUUGUCCCUGUGACUUUGACAAGAUAAACCCAGAGAGACGACGCUGAAGCGGCCGCUGCUGCUGCUGCUGCCGCUGGUGCAACAAUGUUUUCACCGAAGUCUCCUAAAAGUGUGUCCACCCAUGUGUCCUCCGGGGAGAAGAUCCGCAUGGUGGAGUGUAGCUGUGAGCCGGAGCGCACCUGUGGACUCCACUGCGCGCAGGACUGUCUCUGUCAGGGUAAAUGCACUGAUGUUCAGAAACAAGGCUUCAACAACUUGGCCUACGAAUAUGGGAGUCAGAGUGAGCUCUACCCUCCACCCAAAGCUCCCUCCAGCGUGACAUUACGACUCCUGGGACUCAGCACUGAGCCACAGGCCCGAGCUGUUGAAACCAGAAUCUCCAUCCUGAAGGGAGUUCACACCAUCAGGUUGUCUUUGCCCAGACAAUUAGCCAAAGUGGUCUACGAUGGUUCGGUCAUCACGACUGCGGAGAUCGUCGCGGAGCUGCAGGACCUGAGACACGGUGUGGAGGCAGCGGUGCAGAUUAAGGUGGACGGCAUGACCUGCCACUCCUGCGUGCGCUCCAUCGAGGAGCACGUCGCUGAGCUGCCGGGAGUCUCACACGUUCAGGUUUCUCUUCAAAACGGUGUCGCACUGAUUGUAUUCCAGCCUCUUCUAAUCACACAACAGACACUGGGAGACAAGAUUGAGGACAUGGGGUUUGACACCACUUUAUUAAGUGAGGACGUGUCCUCUGAGGACAUAAGCUGCUGGAAGAUUGACACCUUGGCCAGGUCAACUCAGACUGUAAGCGUUUGGAUUGUAGGGAUGACGUGCAAGUCCUGCGUGCAGUCCAUAGAAGGGAGAAUCUCUCAAGUGGCCGGUGUCCAAUCCAUAUCUGUGUCACUGGAGGAGGAAAAGGGAACAAUCACCUUUGACCCCUGUCUGACAGAGGCGGAGCAGUUCAGAGCAGCAAUUGAGGACAUGGGAUUUGACGCAUCGCUUCAAGAACCUGUGAAGACUUUCCAGAACCACAUAAAGUCCAGUCCUGUAAGCUCUGGACCAUCUCACCGUCCUGAUUUGCACUCACCCAAUAAGGCUGCAGUCAGCAACGGCACUGGGUCACAGACGAUGCCCGCAAGCUCGCAGCACGACUCCACUGAUGCUAACGUACAAAAAUGCUUCAUUUGUGUAAUGGGAAUGACCUGUGCUUCCUGUGUGUCCAACAUCGAGAGGAACCUGCUCAAACACAAGGGAAUCAUAUCAGUGUUGGUGUCACUAAUGGCUGGAAAGGCAGAGGUGAAAUAUGACUCAGCUGUCAUAGAUGCUGCUGCUGUGACUCAGCUUAUUGAAGACCUGGGCUUCGGGGCCAAACUGAUCGAGGACAACGCAGUGACACAUGGGAAACUUGACCUUGAAAUAACAGGCAUGACAUGUGCAUCAUGUGUCCACAACAUCGAGUCCAAGCUCACCACGACCAAAGGGAUCCUCGGGGCCACCGUGGCUCUUGCCACCAAAAAAGCACAGAUUCAGUUUGACCCAGAAGUGCUCGGAGCUCGAGAUAUAAUCAGAAUCAUUCAGGGACUUGGAUUUGAGGCCAGUCUGGCGAAAGCAGGCUUCAAGAACAACCUCGACCACACUGAGGAAAUUAGACAAUGGAAGAGCUCUUUCCUGUUCAGCCUUGUUUUUGGCCUGCCCGCCAUGGGCCUCAUGAUCUACAUGAUGGUUAUGGACAGUCAGCACCAGGAACAUGGAGGCUCCAUGCCCGAGGAGCAGAACCUGUUGCCGGGCCUCUCAAUCCUCAACCUGGCCUUCUUUCUUCUCUGUACACCUGUGCAGAUUUUCGGAGGCCGCUACUUCUACAUUCAGGCGUACCGCUCAUUAAAACACCGCACCGCCAACAUGGACGUUCUCAUCGUGUUGGCCACGUCCAUCGCUUACAUCUACUCCUGCGUGGUCCUCGUCGUAGCCAUGGCUGAGCGAGCCAGCCAGAGCCCUGUCACCUUUUUCGACACUCCACCCAUGCUGUUUGUGUUCAUAGCUCUGGGUCGCUGGUUGGAGCAUGUCGCAAAGAGUAAAACCUCAGAGGCUUUGGCUAAACUCAUGUCACUUCAGGCCACUGAUGCCACGGUGGUGACUCUGGGACCUGACCUCACCAUCAUCAAGGAGGAGCAGGUGGUGGUGGAGCUGGUCCAGCGGGGCGACAUCGUGAGGGUCGGCCCGGGAGGGAAGUUCCCCGUCGAUGGGAAAGUGAUUGAGGGAAGCUCCAUGGCAGAUGAGUCCUUGAUCACAGGUGAGCCCAUGCCCGUUAGUAAGAAGGUGGGGAGUCUGGUGAUUGCCGGCUCCAUCAACGCUCACGGCGCUCUUCUGGUGGAGGCGACGCACGUCGGUGACGACACAACUCUCUCUCAAAUUGUCAAACUGGUGGAGGAGGCUCAAACCUCCAAGGCUCCCAUUCAGCAGUUUGCGGACAGAAUCAGUGGAUUCUUUGUCCCCUUCAUUGUUCUCGUGUCUCUGCUCACACUUUUGGCCUGGAUUGCCAUCGGAUUUGUCAAUUUUGAUAUUGUGAAGGAGAACUUCCCGGGUUAUAACCAGAACAUCUCCAAGGCGGAAGUCAUCGUCCGCUUUGCCUUCCAAGCGUCCAUCACUGUUCUGUCCAUUGCCUGCCCCUGCUCUCUGGGCUUGGCAACCCCAACUGCUGUCAUGGUGGGCACGGGAGUUGGAGCUCAGAACGGGAUCCUCAUUAAAGGAGGCGAGCCGCUGGAGAUGGCCCAUAAGAUUGGUGUGGUGAUGUUUGACAAGACCGGUACCAUCACUAAGGGCGUGCCGCAGGUGACCCGUGUGUUGGUGUUGUGGGAGAUGGCCCGCAUGCCCCUGAGAAAGAUCUUGGCAGUGGUCGGCACCGCGGAGGCCAGCAGCGAGCACCCACUGGGCAUGGCAGUUGCUAAACACUGCAAAGAGGAGCUGGGCUGUGACAUGCUGGGAUACUGCCAGGACUUCCAGGCAGUGCCCGGCUGUGGGAUUAGCUGCCAAGUGUCCAACGUUGAGCAUCUUCUUCAGCAGAGUGAGGAGCAUUUUCUGCUUCCAGGAGCCACCACAGAUGAAAGCAGCCUUUUCUCUGAUGCAGAGGCGCCACCUACAGAUCACUAUGAAGCAUUCUCCUACUCAGUCCUGAUCGGGAACAGAGAGUGGAUGAGGAGGAACGGUCACCACAUUGGAGCAGACAUCGAUGCCGCCAUGAGCAGCCAUGAGACGAAAGGGCAGACGGCCAUCUUGGUGGCUAUAGAUGGUGUGCUGUGUGCCAUGUUCGCUAUUGCUGACACGGUGAAGACAGAGGCAGCGUUAGCGGUGCACACACUCAACAGCAAGGGCAUCGAGGUGGUGAUGAUAACAGGGGACAACAGGCGCACGGCUAAGGCUAUCGCUGCACAGGUGGGGAUCAGGAAGGUGUAUGCAGAGGUGCUGCCAUCACACAAGGUGGCUAAAGUGCAGGAGCUGCAGGAAAAAGGCCUGCGUGUAGCAAUGGUAGGAGACGGCGUCAAUGACUCGCCCGCGCUCGCACAGGCCAACAUCGGCAUUGCCAUCGGCACAGGAACAGAUGUGGCUAUAGAGGCGGCAGAUAUCGUCCUGAUCAGAAGCGAUCUGCUGGACGUGGUGGCGAGUAUCGAGCUGUCGAAGAAAACGGUGCAGAGGAUCAGGAUCAACUUUGUUUUCGCUCUCAUUUACAACCUUCUGGGGAUACCAAUUGCUGCCGGCGUAUUCAUGCCUGCUGGCCUUGUACUCCAACCCUGGAUGGGCUCGGCCGCGAUGGCCGCCUCGUCCGUUUCUGUUGUUCUGUCGUCUUUGCUGCUACGAACGUAUAAGAAAACCUCUGUGGAGCUGCAUGCGGUACGUGCUCGAGGUCAGAUGAAGAGCCUAAGGUCCUCUCAGAUCAGCACGCACUUGGGGCAGGAGGGCCGACGGCGGAGCCCAGCUCUCUCCACCAGCUUUGCUCGGGAGCAGCUGAAUCCAAUCAGCAGGACACCGCCUUCCCUCUCCAGGCAGGGAGCGUCCAUUAACUCUGUCCACCAGGGGCAACAGGACAGCUGCUCCCUCUUGGACCACCAGACUGCAGAGGACUGUAAUGUGUAGCUAAGAGCAAAAGGGAAGAGGCGGUGUCUGCCUGCACCUCAUGUUUACAUUCAGCAAAGGCUAUUUGUGUCAUAUUUCUAUGUAUUUAUGCUAAGAGACAAGGAUAAUUGUGCACAUCACUCACGUCCAUUUUCAGCUCAUGAAUCUGAGGACUCAACGUUGAUCUCUCACUUUAUUUUGGAAAAUAUCCGUAAAUCAAGAUGUGUGUCAUGACCUCUGAACAUUCCUCCCUGGGUCACUUUUCUGUAUGUCGACAUAUACUCUGUUUGGACUUUUUACCUCUAGUUUUCUGUUUCCUGUUUUAUUUUAUACUAUUUCCUCGUGUGUGCACCUUGCCUAGUUGUACUUCCUGUGUUUUUGCCUUUAUUGUGAUUGUCUGUGCAUCCCUGACAAGUCGUUGGUUUCACCUGUGCUUAAUUAACACCCUCUCCAGUGUAUUCAGGCCCUAAUCCACGCGGAAACAGAACUUCUCCUAUCCCAGUACUUCCCCAGAAGUGGAACAUUUUUUUUUUAAAUUAAAUUACAUUUUUGUCCCUGUACCCUCCGGUUUGUAAUACGUGACACUCUCAAGGUUCAUUUUCACGGUAUUUCUUUUUAACGUCACAACAGAUGAUUGUGCUACAGGAACUGAAGCUAAUGUGAAAGGUAGGUUUUACUUGUCAGAAAUUCGAAUUAUUGCUGUACAAAUUCACUUUUUGUUGAUGUACUUAACACUAAAGUGGCACGUUGUCUCGGAAA